CAAAGUAGGCCGAUUCAACAAAAUCAAAAGGAAAUAUAUUUUCUCUACAAUUCAUAUUUCUGUACAUUUACUUCAAGUUUAAGAAUUUUUUUAGCACAAAAUUCAUUAUUGAUUUAUAAUAUAGAAUCAUUUGGAAAAAGUUGCAAAAAUCUCAGUUUUGUUGAUAUGUUGAAGACGAGCACCUCACGUGAAACUGCAAUCAAGGCAGAGGCGCAAGCGCCAAAUUCGUGCAAUGAAAGCAACAACAGCGUGCAGAUGGGCAAGGAGAUAGACGAGAAUAGCAUGCAUAGACGAAGCAGCAGUCGUAAAUACGAUCGACAUGAUGCUGGCCAUUAUGAGGACAAUAUGUCGGAAGAUGAGAGUGACGAUAGUGCCGAUCGAAAAAUGACAACAACACGAAAAUCACGUAAAAUACAGCCAACGGAUGCAUACGACUAUGACGGCGGCGUGUCGGAUUGUAGCCACUGUCGUAAACAUCGUAUGGCCCGAGCGCGACGCAACCGACGUCGGAAGUCACGUUCACGCAGUCGUCGUCGCCGUCGUUAGAUUGUCAUUGUGCAAUUUGAUUUUGAUGAAAUUUUGUGUGUGAGAGUUUUGAACUAAAUUGAUUUUAUUUAAAUUCAUGAUGCGAAAAUAAAAUGGAAGUGUGUUAAGGA